CCUUGUGCAGGCCUGCUUGAAAUUCUUCUCUUUAGGCGACAUUAUUUGUCCUCCCCGUAAAUGCCCUUUGCUUGCAAUGAAAUCACUUGGUCACUCAUACUGUUUCCCACUCUACCCGUGGGCUACAAGGGGUGUGGCACAUGCACAUCAACGCGGAUAUAGAGGGAAAAGUUCCUCUGGCUGCGUAUAUAUACAUUCAUGCUUUCCUCAGAACUCAUCUCACCAUAGCACCAAUUCGAAUGUAUCAUCUCUCACAGUGCUCAAGCUAGCGGUGACCUUGAAGCCACUAUACCAAGCGAGUCAUUGGUCCACUCUCCGCUAGUAGCAUCAACAACACGCCAUCCAAGCCGCUCACUGGGAAGCCUGCUGGUUAGAAAUCUUCAGAGGUGGAAAUCCUCAGUCAAGGCAACGUGACACGAUGCUUGUGGAUUACUCCUUGUAUUUGGUCACGGACUCUACUCCGGCCAUCCUCAAAGGCCACAACUUGGUCGAUGUCGUUGAAGCUGCGCUUCAAGGCGGUGUCACAAUAGUGCAAUAUCGCGACAAGACGAGCGACACAGCUGAUUUAAUUAAGACUGCUCGUGAAAUUCAUGAAGUCACUCUUCGCUAUCAAGUCCCAUUCCUCAUCAAUGACCGUGUGGAUGUCGCUCUGGCGAUUGGAGCUGAGGGUGUUCACGUGGGCCAAGAUGACAUGGAUCUCGCGACUGUCCGCCGACUGAUGGGCAAGAAUGCUAUCAUCGGCGUCACUGCCUCUUCUAUAGAGGAGGCGAGGACGGCGGCCAAGGGCGGUGCCGAUUAUCUAGGGUUAGGGACUUUAUUCGCAACUCCAACGAAGGAGAACACAAAGUCCAUCGUUGGCACCGCGGGAAUCAAGGAGAUUCUGGCAUCCCUAUCUGCCAUGGACGAGAAAGUCUCCACCGUAGGAAUUGGCGGCGUUAAUGCCUCAAAUGCUCAACGAAUUCUCUAUCAGUCCAAGGCGGCGUUCAAGGGUCUUGAUGGUCUCGCAGUGGUCAGCGCUAUUGUCGGAGCAGAUGACCCGAAGCAAGCUGCGUCUGACCUUAGAAGUCUAAUUGGACGGCCUCCUGCUUUCGCUUCGUAUGGAAACAAAAAGGUGAAGGAUCUAAAAGUCCUCUUGCCAGAUGUUCCGAAUAUCGCGAAGAAGGUUGCGGAGAAUCAGCCUCUUUGCCAUAACAUGACGAAUUUUGUUGUCCAAAAUUUCGCCGCCAACAUCGCUCUCUCCAUUGGUGCAAGCCCGAUCAUGUCAAUGAACGGGGCCGAAGCACCUGACCUUGCCAAGCUGGGUGGCUCCUUGGUUAUAAAUAUGGGCACCGUCACGCCCGAAGGCCUGAACAACUAUCUGCAGGCUCUCAGAGCAUAUAAUGGCCAGGGAGGGCCUGUUCUUUUCGAUCCCGUUGGGGCUGGUGCCACAAGCCAACGCCGAAAUGCAGUGAAAACCUUGAUGGCCGGGGGCUAUUUUGAUGUCAUCAAAGGCAACGAAGGCGAAAUCACCACUGUGCUUGGAGAGAGCGUCAUUCAACAACGUGGCGUUGACAGCGGCGCCAGUAAGCUCACCGGCAUCGAAAAGGCAAAAAUGGUCAAGAAGCUCGCGGCCAGAGAACGCAACGUUGUCUUCAUGACAGGCGUGACAGACUAUAUCAGCGAUGGCGAUCGAACCUUUGCAAUCAAGAAUGGUCAUGAAUAUCUUGGCUAUGUCACAGGAACUGGUUGCACACUUGGAACAACCGUUGCGGCAUUUCUCGCGGUUCACCGCGAGGACAAGCUGCUUGCUGCUCUGGCAGGGAUCGUGAUGUACGAGAUUGCUGCUGAACGUGCUGCCGCCCGCGAGAACGUGCAUGGGCCGGGAAGCUUUGUUCCUGCUCUCCUGGACGAAUUGUUCUGCCUUCAAAAGCAGUCGUUCAUUGGCCAAAACGGCUGGUUGGCUGCAGCAAAGGUUGAAGAAGUUAAUGUCUAACGAUGCGACCAAGCUUGGAAAAGCCUGCUCAUGACAUUCACGAUUUGUUUAAAAGUCUGCUAGAACUUCUUCAUUUUAAUAUCCAGACCAAUCAUCAUUUAGAUUAUUUAUUGAGAUCAAAUACUCCGUACGCUGUCAAGGCUAUGAC